AUGUCAGCACCUUUGACCUCGGAGGAGAAGUCCCAGUACACGGGGAUCAUCGAUGCGAUCCUCGCGACCGCCGAUCUCGCCACGAUCUCGCGGAAAAAGGUCCGUCAAGGACUCGAGAGAGCCCUCGGUGGUAAAGACUUGAGCGAACAAAAGAUCGCGAUCAAGGCUUUGAUCGAAGCUCGUUUCGAUGCCAUCUCUUCCGUUCCGAGCGUGGAGACCGCCGCCACACCACCUCCCGCCCCUCUGCCCUCAACCGAGCGCGCGGCAAACGGUCAUUCGUCGCGAGACUACGACGAAGACGAGGCGGACGCCGAGAUCCAGGUAUCUUUCCCGGCUGAGCCGGCCAAGAAGAAGCAGAAGCGCGAGUCCACGGAAGAUGACGACGCACGACUAGCAGCCCUGUUGCAGGCGCAGGAGAACCAGCUUGGCCGCUCUCGAACGACCAGGGGAGGAGGCCCGAGCAAGGUCGUGAAGAACAAGAAGAAGACACCUAAAAAGAAGAGCGCAUCGAAGAUCAAGGCCGACGACGACAGCGACCUAGAUGCAAGCGGAGAUUCUGGAACCACCAAGAAGCGCAAGGCCGGGGGUGGGUUCCAGAAAGAGUUCAAUCUCAGCUAUCCGUUGGCCGAGCUUUGUGGCACCAGCCAGGCAUGUUCUAUUUGCUACUCCCUAAGCUUUUAUAAGCGUCUGCUAACAUAUCUUCCUGCACAGCUAUCGCGCCCCCAGGUUGUCAAGCGGCUAUGGGAGCAUAUCAAGGCCAACGAACUCCAAGACCCCAGCGACAAGCGGCAAAUACGCUGCGAUGAGAAGAUGCAAGCAAUAUUUAAGCAAGCCAGGGUUGACAUGUUCCAGAUGAACAAGCUUCUUGGGAACCAGCUCUAUCCCCUUGAUGAGUGA